UAUGUCGUGACGCCGCCGCCACCGUUUUCCACAUCCACAUCAGCUCGCCUCGAAAUUCAAUCCAUGGCCGGCGGUGAGAAGGGCAGAUUGGGGGCGAGGGGGAUGGGCGGCGGAGGCGAGGCCGGGAGCAGUGACGCGGGGGAACCCGCUGCGGCGGCGGGGGGCGCGUCUCUGCACAUCCGGUGCGCGAACGGGUCCAAGUUCACCGUGCAGGCCGACCUCGCCGCCACCGUGGGGACGUUCAAGGAGGUGGUGGCCGGGAGCUGCGACGUGCCGGCGGCGCAGCAGCGCCUGAUCUACAAGGGGCGUAUCCUCAAGGACGAGCAAACCCUAGAAAGCUACGGUGUUGAAACGGAUCAUACCAUUCAUAUGGUGCGUGGUGCUGGUCCCCCAGCCGGAUCAGCCGCACCCGCUGCAGCCAGCCCCCAAGCUUCAACUACUCCUAGCAGCGCCCCAACUGGUGGUCUUGGAAGUUUGUUUCCUGGCCUUGGUGGUACAGGAACUGCUGGUACCAGGCCAGCAGGCCUUCUUGGGUCUGGAUUCCCUGAAUUAGAUCAAAUGCAGCAGCAGUGCCAAAACCCCAACUUAAUGAGGGAAAUAAUGAAUAUGCCAAUGAUGCAGAAUCUCAUGAAUAACCCUGAUUUAAUUCGUAACAUGAUUAUGAACAAUCCUCAAAUGGGUGAUAUCAUCGACCGUAAUCCAGGUCUUGCUCAUGUACUCAAUGACCCACGUGUUCUCCGCCAGACCCUUGAAGCAGCUAGAAACCCUGAAAUCAUGAGGGAGAUGAAGCAGAACACAGACAGAGCAAUGAGCAACAUUGAGUCUUCUCCUGAAGGGUUUAAUAUGCUCCGGCGCAUGUAUGAAACUGUCCAGGAGCCUUUCCUAAAUGCGACAACAAUGGGUGGGGAAGGCAACACAGCUGCAAACCCAUUUUCAGCUCUUCUUGGAAAUCAGGGUUCUAACCAACCCAGGGAUCCUGCUAGUAAUGCUCCAAAUACUGUUUCAGAGUCCACAACAGGAACCCCUGCUCCAAAUACUAACCCACUUCCAAAUCCUUGGAGCUCCAACACUGGAGGUGCGCAAGGAGCAACACGGGCAGGUCUAGGCAAUGCAAGAACCGGUGCCACUGGGGGCCUAGGAGAAACUUUGCAGCAAGUACUCUCGUUCCAGCAGACACUAUUGUCACAGGUUGGUCAGAGUCAACCUAGGCAGGAUGGUAGUCAAGGAGGCAAUGCCACAGAUAUUGGAAAGCAGGUGUGGUCUCCCUCGCCAGAGUUUGCGUUGAGUCGUUGCGGCCUGAUGCCGUGCACCAACAAGCAAUCGGCCUCCUCCAAGCGGAGGAAGGCAGCGGAGGAGUGCCCCACCAUGGGGUUUGCUCCCGUGAAGAAGAUGGUUCCACUGCCGAUGGGUGAUGUGAAGUGGAUCCUGGCGCAGAAGAGGGAGCCCUACACUGACCCCGACACGUUGCCGGAGAGCUGUAGGAAGGCCAUACGCAGAUCGAACAUCAUCCGCAGGGUCGAUGAUGACCGCUUCUUCGAGUUCCAGAACAAGGUUAAGGCCGCCAUUGAGUCUGAUGGCUGUUACAUGGUCGACAGCGACUUCGUUGCUCGCAGGGAAAGGUGUAGAGCAAAAAUUAAUGAUGCAUGGACCAAGCUUCUUGAUGGUAUCCCACUCUCUGAUUCUGACAGUGAUGAAGAUGAGGAGGAUGAGGAAGACAUGGCCAGACUGGUUGCGAUGGGUCUGGAAUUAUCGGACUAGGAAGACUAAUGCCAAGUAUUUAUUAUAUACAUCUAUUACUCUUAGUAUUUACCUAUCUAUUUAGAGUCCAACCGAAGAAGAAUUAACAAUGUUUAUCUUAGCCAUCUAUCUUUUAUGCUUGUCCUACAUGAUCUAACUUUUAACACGCACAAUUAUAUGACA